CAGCAGUAGCAGUCCUCUACGUACGUACAGUACUGUACGGUUGAAAUGUACGAAAAGUUCGGCCCGGAAACAGGAGACGGAAGCGAAGUUGAAAGUCUCUGUUGUAUCAUAUGGUAUGGCACAGUACAAUACAACAAGUAUCAAGCCUAGAGGAAGUCGUGUGCCGUAAACGAUCCGCAAAAGAGCGAAGAGGACACUUCAUAAAUACAUCACGAAAGGCCCGUGAGCCUUUUGCAAAAGUACAACUAAUCAGAGCAGUUGGUACGCAUCAUAAGGACAAUAAAAAACCGACACAUUUCUAUCCCUCGCGACCAUGAAGAGAACGAACCCGUAUCUUGUUGUCUUUUGUCUUCUUGGUUUGUUUCAAGAGAGUAGGGCUUGGAUAUGUUCACCCAGAGUCUCUCACCUCGCAAUGAAGGGAUUGGGACCAACAUCCACCAAGACCCCAUUAAUGAGUCCUAAUAGGAACAGGCAACCACCAAACGGAAGACUUCGUGGCUCGACCAUUCCACUCACUAGUUCAAGAAACUGUUCAAGAAAAGAAGAUUCUGGCUCAAAAAUAAAGAGUAAAAUCUUCUCGUUCAUCAAAUUCUUCAAGAACCUAUUUCGUCGCUUACUUUGGCCAGGUCUAAACAAGAAUUUCGACCCGAACCUCGGAGCUCCUUUACCAGAAAUCGCCUCACUAGGCUGCCCUUUUUUUGGCAACAAUAUUUUGGCAGGAUCGAAAAACAAUGGCCCUGAAAAAUUUUACAGUGAAGCAUCUGCCAAGUUGGACCAUCCCUCUAUCUGGCGAUUUUACUUUUUGGGGGCUCCCGUCACUUCGGUCUCGGGAUCCAAGAAUGUCAAUACUGUGUUCAAAAGUAAGAAUUUCGAUACCAUGUCACUUGAUUUUUCUUCGAAAAAGACCGAUACGAAGGUGGAAAAAGAGGAAUUGUUUUCUUCAAAAAGCGUGAUGUUUGAAAACGACCGGAAGAAGCAUGUAUUUCUUCGACGUUUGAUGGGUGCUGCAUUUACUCCAUCCGCGAUUAAUGACGGAACGCAAAAAAUUGAGAAAGCCGUCAUGGAUCAAUUACAUAAAUUGAAAGACGGAGAAAUCAUCGAGAUGGAAGACAUCUGCGAAGAUUUUACGCUAGAUAUUGCUUGGAGAACAAUACUUGGUCUUGAUCUGAAAGACGGCGACGAGAUACAGCGCUUUCGCAAGGCUGUCGACAUCUAUACGAGUGGAUUAUUUGGUGUCGAGUUAUAUUUGAAUUUUCCAGGAAAACAUCUAUUACCUACAUUCAAAGCCCGAAGGUACCUAGUUUCUAAAAUCAUAGAGCGAGUAGCUUACCUGGAGGAAAAUGGACCCGAUGGAUCUACUCUAAGCGCAAUGGUUUUCGCUUCCGAUGAAGACUCGAAUAAGAAACUUACUCGCGAGGAAAUAGUAGAAAACUCGUUAAUUCUACUUGUCGCGGGAACCGAGACCACAGCCGCAACUUUAACAUCCGCCAUGUUUCUGCUUGGUUUGCAUCCUAGKAUAUUCGAGAAAAUAGUCCAAGAGCAACGAGAACUCGUGUCUACUAAUGGUGCGACGAUUACGGGGGAGGUUUUGGCGAAUUGUACUUAUCUGGAUGCAGUUAUUCACGAAACGAUGCGAAUAUCACCUGUAUCAGGUGGAAAUCUCAGGAUUGCAAAGGAAGCGAUGGUUUUAGACGGGAAACAGGUGCCCAAAGGAGGGGCUGUCUUUGCUAAUAUUCGGCUUACUCAUGAGCUGGAUCCAAAGAUAACGUCAAGUGAAUCUCUGGAUCCGCUUCAUAGUUUUGCUCCAGAGCGUUGGCUCGAUACUGAAACAAAACCGACAGAAGAUUUCUUCCCGUUUGGUGCCGGCAACCGAAGAUGCCUAGGUGCGCCAUUGGCUAUGGCAGAGAUGAGGAUCUUCUUGUCAUUGUUGGCCCGCAGAAUAGAUAGUUUUGAGCUGUUGGGCGAAGGAUCUGAUAAAACUAAAGCAAUUCGUUGGAACCCAUCAAGCUUGAUGCGAAAGCCUCUCGGAGGUGUUCCAAUCCGCACAGUCGCGACAAAUGCUUCAGUAAACACCUAGGGGUGAUACCUCAGCUACGAGGCACAGGACAACUCAUUCAUAUAUAGUAUUCUUCAUUACAAAACAAAUAAUAUUCGUUCUUAGUACAUCAUUGGGAUCAACAGCAUCCUAUGGAUUCGCUUACAUGUAUGCAGCAACAAAUCAGACUUAACUGC